GCGUGGAGCCGUGGACUAGUAUAGUACAGUUAGUACUAGCAGCUGUGCGCCUGUGAGAGUGAGUGUGGGUAGCAGUUACUCUUCAGCUGCCGGGCAUACGAAAUAUAUAAGAAAUGGAGGGGUUUCAGAAAAAUAGUGCUACUUUUGCCACUAGAGCAAUCCAUGUAGGCUGUGAACCGGAGAAAUGGAACUCCAUGGCUGUAGUACCUCCUAUUUCUCUGGCAACAACAUUCAAACAAGAUGCACCAGCUCAGUUCAAGCAAUAUGAGUACAGCAGGUCUGGCAACCCAACUCGCGACUGCCUGGAGAAAUGUCUUGCUUCAUUGGAAGAGGCUCAGUUUGGUCUGGUGUUUGCGUCAGGACUGGCAGCAACUACGACUGUCAUGCACCUACUCUCGGCUGGAGAUCAUUUCAUAACCAUGGAUGAUCUUUAUGGUGGCACCAACAGAUAUUUCCGCAAAAUUGUGGCCCGGCAAGGCAUCUCGGUGGACUUUGUUGACACCACCAAGCUGGAGCUUAUCCCUCCUCUGCUAAAAAACAACACGAAGCUCAUAUGGCUCGAGACUCCGACCAACCCUACCCUCAAAGUGACUGACAUUGCAGCUGUUGUCAAGAUUGCCAAAGACUUUAAUAAAGAUAUCAUUGUUGUUGUUGACAACACGUUCCUGUCGCCGUACUUCCAGCGCCCUCUGACGCUGGGCGCUGACCUGGUCCUGCAUUCAUGUACCAAGUACCUGAACGGCCACACUGACGUCGUCAUGGGCGCCGUGUGCACCUCCAACAACGAGCUACACGACAGGCUGCGAUUCCUUCAAAAUGCUAUUGGAGGCGUGCCGUCUCCAUUUGACUGCUACCUUGUGAACCGGUCCCUGAAGACGCUUGCGGUGAGGAUGACUCAGCACGGCAAGAGUAGUCUUGCUGUGGCCAAGUUCCUCGAGCAGCACCCAGCCGUGGAGAAAGUCCUGCACCCUGGACUGCCAUCCCAUCCGCAGCAUGAGCUGGCAAAGCGGCAGUGCUACGGCCACUCUGGUAUGAUCACUGUCUACAUCAAAGGCGAUGACAUCAACAUCACCAAGAAGUUCUUUGAGAGCCUCAAACUCUUCACCCUGGCCGAGAGCUUGGGAGGCUACGAGAGUCUUUGCGAACUCCCGUCGUUGAUGACUCAUGCGUCCGUGUCAGCCGAGGAGCGCGCCAAGCUCGGGAUCACAGACAGUUUGGUGCGCCUCUCAGUGGGCCUCGAGGACACCCAGGAGCUCAUCUCAGACCUCGACCAGGCGCUCAAGGCUGCCGUGGCGUGAAUGUCGUGCCGUACUGAUGAGAGCGGCACGCAACCUGGCCAGUCUUAGCCUUCCUCGGAUAAGCCCGAUUGCUUCUUCCAUCUGCCGCCGUAGCCAACUUCACCAAUUAUCAUAAGCAUUUUAGAAUUGGCUUACGCAUUGCUUUUCUGACGUAAAUAUAUCCAUGCUGUCAGUUACAUGCCCAUUAUUAUCGCCUGUUCUUUAUUUGUGACCAACGCAGUUUAUCUUGUUUUUAACAUAUUUAAGGAUGUUAAUAAAAUGAUAGAAGUGGAGACCAUCUUCGGGUGCCCACACCGAAUUUUCGGAUGUGUCCCCAGCAAAUAUAUCUUCAGUUGUUGUUCAAGAUUGAAUUCUGAAUUUAUACCGAGUCUUCAUUAAUAGCAAAUUAGUGAUGCGUGAUUGGUUGAAUUUUGAAAGGCUCAAUGUAGCUAUGCCUGUUAUAAACUUUUCAUCUCUUGGACGCCGUUUUUAGAAACGCCGCAGUAGUCAUUUUCUCUUGGACGCCGCAGUAGUUAUUUUCUCAUUUGAUUUGUUGCAUCAUUUAGACCUUUGUAAUUAGAGCAGUAGCCAUUUUCUCACUUUUUUACAUCAUUUAGAGUUGGUAUUUCGUAACUCGUAGAUCUUCAGUAUUAUUUCAACAAAUUUUAAUUUUUUUAAGGCAUUAUAGCAAAUGCCCUUCAGUUGCGCCGUUCGAUCCUAUGCUUUGUUAGUAGCUUUACCAUAUAUGUGACUUCCAAUUAGCGAGCUUGUGCUCAAAACUUCAUGCGCUGAAGCUUUGUUGAUUUUUAAUGAAUUGAAAGCGAUAAUAAAUAAAACUUCUUCCAAUAAUGCAUUAUCUUGUUGGGCAUGGAAAAUUUGACUUCAUGUUUGAAACUCGAACUUAGAAAGUUGUGUUUACAAAAUGCUGUUUUCAUUGAUUUAAUGAUUGCUUAUCGCCACUUGCCAGAAUGAAGUCUUGUAUCAUGUUUUACGGCUUGCUUUCUUGCAGUGAAAGUUUGUGAUCUGUUGAAGUUAAAUCAUACGGCAUUUAUUGAGGCGGCCAGACCGUCACAACUUGUCAGUGUGAGAGUGGUUUUGAUUAUUUAUUCUCAUAGAUUGAAUUAAUUUUCAUGCCUAGUCUUUGUUAAGAUAUGUAUCAAUUUGUAAGGAGGUUUCCGAUUUUUCUAAGUAUCUAUUUGCCAUGCCCAGUCUUUUUCAAGAAAUAUAAUCGCUUUGGAAGGCGGUUUCCGAUUUUUCUAAGUAAUUGAUGUUUUCUGAAUGAUUGUUUUAGUUGAUGACGUUUUUAUGAGCUCUGCUCUAAUGCUUACCGUGAUUUAUCUUGCUUUUAUGUAAGAUGUUUGCUAAUUAUUUUGGUAGUUUGAUGCAAUUUUGACACCAAUCUCUAGUAUCUGCCAGUUUUAGUAUUUCUGCAAUGGUUCUUAGAGAAAAUGUUGCAUUAUUGGUCGAUAUUUUCCUGAAUGUUGGUUGAACUUGAAGUUUUUGAUUUGAUUUUGUAGGAGAUUUUGAAGUAUUGAUUGCUUUCCUCUUUUGAUAAGCCAUUAGUUACGACAAUUGAUCGCCUCUAACUUAUAUUUUGGCCAGCAUAACUUCGAACCCCUAUAAAGUUAGCACUGUGGAUCGCCAAUUACGAUGUUGUUCUUCCAAACGGGCCUUCGCUGCAACAUCGGCCGCACUGCUGAAUUAUUGACUUGUUUUUAAAUUUGUUACACUGGGCUCCUCAGCCUUCAUAUGAUCUUGCUCCUUACCGAGCAAGCUUCAGCGGCCAUCCUUCAAAGGCUCACUUGCUAUCCUGUAGGUGGCUACUUGAUGCCGCGCAAGCUUCAGCGGUCAUCCUUCAAAGGCUCACUUGCUAUCCUGUAAGCGGCUACUUGAUGCCACGCAAGCUUCAGUGGCUAUUCUUCAAAAGCUCACUUGCCAUCCUGUAGGCGGCUACUUGAUGCCGAGUAAGCUUCAGCGGCCAUCCUUCAAAGGCUCCUUUACCAUCCUGUAGGCGGUCUACGCAAGCCAUCACUGAUGCUCAUAUUGAGCCCGUUAUCCGGUGUACUUUUUUCUCCGUUGUUGAAUAAUAAUAAAUCUAUUGUGGCUUGUUAA